AUGGCGGCGUGGUUGUCGCGGGUGUCCUGGGCGGAUGCCUGGUGCGACAUGUACUCGCGGCUGCUGCGCACCAAGCCCGUAGGCGCCAUGGCGCUCGGCCGCGAUGACCUCACCGAGCUGGCGGACGGCUCGGGCGUGGGCCUGGCCAAGGUCCUGACUACCAUGGACUUGGUGUCCCUGGGGGUGGGCAGCUGCGUGGGCACGGGGAUGUAUGUUGUGGCAGGGCUGGUUGCCAAGGCGAUGGCCGGGCCGGGCGUUAUCCUAUCCUUCAUCAUUGCUGCUGUGGCGUCCAUCUUGUCAGGCGUGUGCUACGCGGAGUUUGGCGUCCGCGUUCCCAAGACGACGGGCUCGGCGUACACGUACAGCUACGUGACGGUCGGCGAAUUUGUGGCCUUCCUGAUUGGCUGGAACCUGAUCUUGGAGUAUCUGAUUGGCACAGCGGCGGGGGCGUCGGCCCUCAGCAGCAUGUUUGACUGUCUGGCCAAUCACAGCAUCAGUCACUACAUGGUCACCCAUCUGGGCACGCUCAGAGGACUAGGUAAAGGUGAGGACACCUACCCCGACUUGCUGGCCAUGUUCAUCGCCCUGCUGGUCACGGUGAUCGUGUCCCUCGGCGUGCGCAACUCGGUGGGCUUCAACAACGUCCUGAACGUGGUCAACAUGGCGGUUUGGGCCUUCAUCGUCAUGGCCGGUCUCUUCUUCCUGUCCGCCAACAACUGGGAGGGCGGCAUGUUUCUGCCCUAUGGCUGGUCGGGGGUGAUGCGAGGAGCGGCCACCUGCUUCUACGCCUUCAUCGGCUUCGACAUCAUCGCCACCACAGGAGAGGAGGCGCAGAACCCCAACACCUCCAUCCCGUACGCCAUCACCGCCUCGCUGGUCACGUGUCUCACCGCCUACGUGUCGGUGAGCGUGAUCCUGACCCUCAUGGUUCCGUACGACCUGAUCGACAGCUCAGCUCCUCUCAUGGAGAUGUUCGCCGCGCACGGCUUCCUGUGGGGGAAGUACACGGUGGCGGUGGGCUCCAUCGCCGGGCUCACCGUGUCCCUGCUGGGCUCGCUCUUCCCCAUGCCACGGGUCAUCUACGCCAUGGCACGGGACGGCCUACUCUUCAGGUCCCUGGCGCACGUCUCGGCGCUCACGCACACCCCGGCGGCGGCCUGCGUGGUUUCGGGGAGCCUGGCGGCGCUGCUGGCUCUGCUGGUGAGCCUGAGCGACCUCAUCGAGAUGAUGUCCAUCGGCACCCUGCUGGCGUACACGCUCGUCAGCGUGUGCGUGCUCGUGCUGCGCUACCAGCCUGAGGAUGCGGAGGGCGGUCGCCAUGACGACUUGGCGCAGCAACUUCCCGCCAAAGAAGACCCGGAGGCUGAUGCCGACUUCCACACGGGGGACGCGUCGCCGCUGCAAAGGCUGCUGGGAGGUCACUACUACACCCUAAGAGCCAGACUGGAUGUACCGGACGCGUCGGUACGCCCCACCGCCGCGACGGGUCGCACGGUGACCCGCUGCACCCUCCUCUUCUUCUGCCUGUCCUUCCUGCUCUGGACCACCAUCAUAUUCGGCGUGGAGCAAGGAAGCGGUGUGGGCGCUGUCGUCUCAGGCCUGACGGCGAUGCUAAUGGUGGGCUCGUUGACGAAGCUUUUGAUCACCAUCAUACAGCAGCCGGAAAGUGGGCGGAGCUUGCCCUACAUGGCGCCCUGUGUUCCGUUUGUGCCCGCCGCCGCCAUCUUGGUCAACAGCUACCUCAUGCUCAAGCUGUCGCCUCUCACCUGGGCCAGGUUCUCCAUCUGGUGCGUCAUCGGUCUGCUGAUCUACGCCUGCUACGGCGUAUGGCACAGCACGCUGGAGGUCAACGCCCGCGAGGAGCAGGCGCACGCCAGCUCUUAUCAGCGCUUUGACGACCACCUGGACGACACCGUCACCGCCGACGACCACCAGGACGAGGGUGAUUACCAGGGCUGGUCCGCCCCGCAGGAGAGGGACUACCACGACCAGCACGAUGACGGCGGCAGAUACCAGUGUGGACCUGCGGGUCAGUACACGACUUGGGGGCGGAGCAAUGACGGCUUUGACGACGAAGAGCACUGAAACAGGAAGUGAGCGGGGCUUGUUAUCGCCUUUUUAACCACGUUUUCUACCGUAAACGCUCCAAAUAAGGCCUAUAUUUAAGUGCGUGGUUUUUAGUAACGCCACAAGAUGGCAGUAGCAUCCAGCACCUUAGUCUACCUCGUCAUGCGCUUUAAAUUGUCCUGUGUGUUAGUUUUACUCUUCUUGUUGACGACAAUUAGGGAUUUGUGGCUCUUUUAAAGAGCCGUUCAAAAGACUGGCUCGUUAUUAUAGUUUAGUUUUUUAUUCGUCAAGCAAACAAUCACUUGUAAUAGUUAUACAAUACUAUGUUAAAUUACACAAAUAUUACUCUAUUGGUGGGAGUUAUCCUGAAAAAAUCGCUCCCUCACCUAAAACAUUUGAACAAUAUUGAGAAAAAUACACAAAUGAGUAAGAAUAAAAUGAUUUGAUGGAUAUGCAAUGUUGAUAAAACUAUAAUAGAAAAGCGAACAUGAUGAAGAAAAUGUGAGUACAAAAUUGGUGUGUUCGCUGAACUACUGCCCUUUAGGAUAAUGAACCCAAAAAGUGCAAAUAAAAGACAAAAUAAAUACAAAUUAAAAAAUAAUGAUAAUUAAAAAAUAUGUACAUAUAUUUAUAUAUAUAUAAAUAUAUUAGGGGUGUCCGAAAAAAAAUCGAUUUUGAAUUAAUCACGAUUCUUAAUUUAUUCAAAUAAAAGAAAAUAUCUGUUGAAAAUUUUUUUUUUCUCCAAAAAAAAUCUGUCCUGUCCAGCCACUUUUGUAAAUGUUUGGGUAGAAUUUUAUCAAA